GGCACUGUACGCGGAAGUGCAGCAGUGGAGCGAACACUGCUGCUGCUGCACUGCGCCUUGAGAGCUUGGCCUCGUCACGGGAACGGGGAAUUGUCACCACGGCGCUUGAGCGCUGCGGUUAGCGCCGCACUCCGCUCCGAACCCAGCGACCCGAGUUUGAUUCCCGCUUCACAGCCAACAUCGAUGACGGGAAUCUGAACCCAUUCUGGGCCUUUCCUAGGUCGACUCGGCCUUCAACGAGUACCUGGCGCGCCGGGCGGCUCGACGAUGUGGAGCUAUCGCGGUCUCUCGGCUGUGGCGCCGUGCCGGUGCCGGUGGUGGGGCCUCCUCGCCCCUAGCCGGGUGGCACCGGCCCGGGGCGAGCGGGCGAGCACCACCACCGCCGACACCACCGCCGACACCACCACCACCGGCACCACCACCGGCACCACCACCGCCGACACCACCACCACCGGCACUGCCCGCACGGCGCGACGCCCCGGCCAGCCCGCCAGACGGGACAAGGCCCGCGCUGCCAAAGCCGUGCCUGCCGGUGAAGAGGUGGCAAGAGGGGAAGGCGGGGGCUCGGUGGGAGACAGCGGUGGCAAUGGGGAGUGGAGCACCGAGGAGGAGGAGCAGCCGCCGGGCGAGUUUGUUGCCAGCGUCGCCCAGGAGGCGGCCACACACGCCGCGAGGCGGGGCUGGCCCUCGGCUGCCGCGGCCUCCUCCGCCGCUGCCGUGGAGACGGCUGCGCAGGGCCUCCUGGACCUGGGAUUCUCGCAGCGUCAAGUCCGCUGUCUGGUGCGGAGCAGCCCUGCCGCGAUGCUGCCCUCCACACCACACGCUCAAGCUGGCGCACCGGCCGUGGUCUCGUCGCUGCGGGCACUGCUGGCACUGGGCCUCAGCCGGGCGACGUGCACGAGGGCCGUGACGCAGCAGCCUCAGCUCGCGCUUACGGACGCGCUCGUCAUCCAGGGCAGGGGGCGGGCCCUGAGGCGGCACGGCCUCGGAGAAGGCUGGCUGGAGCAUGCUGUCGCCUCCACCCCGGAGCUGCUUGCGCAGACUGAGCGAGGCAUUUCUGAGCGCAUAAACACGCUGCGCUCCGACUGCCUCUUCAACGGCAAGCAGAGUCAGGAGAUCGCUCGCACGACCCCGCGCGCCCUGCUGCACACGCCGUACCACUUGCAGUUUACCUUCCAGUACGCCUAUUUCCGCAUGGGCAUGUCGCACGCCGAGAUGGUGACCACGCGGAUUUUUGGUGCGGAUCAGCGCCGCGUCCGGACCCGCCACCAGUUCCUGGAGCGGCGCGGCCUGUUCAGCGUGGAGCGGUCGGGCCCGCAUGCGACGCCAGAUCCUCGCGGCCCAUCCCAGCCUGGACUCGGCUCGUCGCAGAAUCCCAAAGCCGCGCAUAUCAUCCGCCUCCCCGAUGGCGUUUUCCUCACGAAGCUUGCCAACGGGGCUUCCAAAGAGGAACUGGACGUGUUUAGCCGCCUGCUUGCCCGGGAAGAGUUGGAAGAAGAGUUGCAGGAGGGAGAAGAUUCUGAAAAUGAGCUUGAGGUAGAGGAGGAGGAGGUGGAGGAGGCGAUGGAUAAUUCCGGGUCGGACAGUGAAGAGGAGAGUGACAGAAGAACGAGAAGAAAGCCAUGAUUUGACAUGGAGCAAGAGGUGCAAUGCUUUUUUUUCAUGUUGAUGAUAAAAGUGUGCCCCAUCAUAGGAAUGUGGAAUGUCUACCACUGGCUCAGGGUUGUAAAUAGGAGAUGAGCACCACCUCAAUUCUCAUUUGCGCAGGAAAUGACUUAGAUUUUGACUCGUACAAAAAAUGGUGAUCUGAGUACACUUCCCAGUCAUUCUCACAUCAGUGGUCAGUGAUAACCAGUCCCCAUUUUAUCAACCCACACUGUCCUGCACAGUGAAGUAUGGUCAAACACUCCCUUCAACCAGCACAGUGUGGGGCAGUCUCCGAUAAAUAACUUUCAUAUUUUAUAAAUCACUUAGAAUGCAGUUAAACGUUAAAUUAAUCGUUGAUCACCACCAUGACUCUCAUUCAGUGGCACGGUGCUGUUGGUGGAGUGUUUUUCUCACCGGAAGGUUCGUGAAUUUGAAUUAUGGUUGAUGCGUCCUGGUGGGGGUGGACCCCCACUGUGCAGUUCUAAAUGUGUUCCCAAAUAAAAUCUAUGUGGCUGUA